AUGCUCUCCCCCAACAUCAGCAAGAGAUUCCCGAAGACGAAGAUUGUCUGCACUCUCGGACCGGCGACUGAGUCCGAGGCGAUGAUCGAGUCGCUGGUCAGGGAAGGAAUGAGCAUCGCUCGCCUAAACAUGUCACAUAGCGACCUGGAGACGCACAAAAGGACGUUUGAUUUGGUGAGGCGAGUAUCCAGGCGCUUCGGAAUGCCGGUCGGCAUAAUGGUCGAUGUGCCCGGUCCCAAGUACCGUACCGGGCCCGACCGUGCCGGCGUGCUUGAAAUCAAGGAAGGCGACUCUCUCACGCUCACAAGUCGCGACAUCAUCGGGGAUGAUACGAUCAUAUCUGUAAGGCCGCCCGGCAUUCAUCGCGACGCGAUCGCAGGUGGCAGUAUUCUACUUGACGACGGUUUGCUUAAACUAACUGUUGAGAAGAUUGAGGGCGAGGAUGUGCGCUGCAAGAUAGUGGCAGGCGGUCGAGUAACCGAGCGCCGGGGCGUGGUCACUCCCGGUAGGUCGCCUUCACAACCUUCCCUGGAUGAGAAUGCCAAGGGAUGUCUGGCAUUUGCCGCGGAACAGGGUGCGGACUUUGUGGCCCUAUCCAUGGUGAACACCGCCAAAGACGUGCAAAAUGCGCGUGGAAUUCUGCAACGUCUUAAUUCUGAUCCCCUGAUAAUCUCCAAGAUCGAAUCUGUUGAGGCUUUGAACAACAUCGAUAAAAUUAUUGAUGCAAGCGACAGCAUAAUGAAGAGCCUUAUUGCCAAGUGCAAUGCGGCCGGCAAGCCGGUAAUCACCGCGACUCAGAUGCUCGAAUCGAUGGUGCGCUCCCAGAUGCCCACGCGGGCGGAAGUCACGGAUGUCGCCAACGCCAUAUACGACGGCACAGAUGCAAUAAUGCUCUCUGGAGAGACCUCAGUAGGAGCACAUCCUAUUGACGCAGUUCAUGCCAUGGUGCAGACGGCGGCAGAAACCGAGCACGUACUACCCUACGAGGAUAUCCUGCUGGCAAAGUCGCAGCAGACCGAGGACCAGCGUACUGACGACGCCAUCAGUUUUGCUGCAGCGCGAACAGCCCACCAAUUGGACGCGGCACUCAUCGUUGCGUUUACCGAGAGCGGGAGCACCGCAGGCCGAGUGUCAAAAUAUCGUCCGAAGUCUUCAAUACUCGCCCUUACUCCCUACGAGCGCAUACGCAACCGCCUCACGCUUAACUGGGGCACGAUACCUGUCAUGGUACCGCAGUUGACCUCGGGCGAGGACUUUUUUGAGAUCGGCGAGGAGCAGGCGCGAAAGAUUCCCGGAGUGCGGUCGGGGGACUGCAUAGUGCUCGUCGCGGGUCUGCCUAUGGGAGUGCAAGGCAGCACGAAUCUGCUGCGCGCUAUGAACAUCGACUCGUAG